CGUUUCCGGACGUUGUGCAGUUUUUGUGUCACAUCUGUCGCGGCCGCCGGUAUUUGAAAAGAUCGUUCGAAUCCUUGAAACAGCGCGUAAAAAGUUGAGAAAGUAAAGUGGAAUAAGUGUUUUGUGCUUCAUUGUCGCCGACAGUUUCAAUACUUUCCGCAAGAUAGCAAACACGCGAUAUAAUGUCUGACAGCACAGAAGCGAUAACAAUAACAUCAGCUGCGGCUGAUCCUAUUUCUGCUUCAUCAGCUGAUGACAUAGCUGCUACGAUGAAUCCACCUGGUAGUAGCGCUAGUGAUCAAGUCAACGAUAAUUUUACUACGCCCGGUAGUGCUUCAGAAGCGGCUGUUGUGGUUUCGGCCGGGGAAGUGUCCGUAUUUAACCAAAAAGCUGAUACUCUCCUCACUGACUCAGAAAAUACCAACAACGAAAAUCGAGUGAUCGAAAUGGAAAGUGCACCGAAUCCUCCAGUAACGUCCGAGACGGAUGAAACGAUCGGAAGAUCUCCCGUUGAAGCAGAUGAAGAAAAACCGAGUGAUGAAAGUGACGACAAAUCGCAAGAUAAAUACGCGGAGCAUGUUACCUACGACGAGCACGGGGAAGCCAUCUAUACCGAUCCGGAAACCAAGUAUCGGUACAAGUGGUGCAAAGUGAAGAACGAAUGGGUUCCGUUCGAAAGUGAACAUUACCGAUGGUGUGCGGAAAGUGAAAAGUGGAUUCCCAAAGAGAACCCAAAGGAAACGGAACAUUAUAGGUGGUGUGAAGAAACAAACAAGUGGAUUCCGAAGCAACAGGCCUCGGAAGUGGGGAGCAUUUAUAGCAAUGAAGAUGGGGUGCACCACUAUAGGGAUAAGGAAGGGAUGGUGCACUUUUGGGACGAAGAAAGGAAGGCUUGGUUUCCGAAGGUGGACGAUGAUUUCAUGGCUAGGUAUCAAUUGAGUUACGGCUUUGGAGACAGUAGUACGGAAAACAAACAAGUGGAAAGUACUCCGAAAGAAGAAUUGAUUCCGGAAGAGCCGUUGUCGGAAGAGUCGGCAGCUAAAGCUCAGGGUAAGAAGCGGAAAGGUCCGCCUGAACCACCCAAGUGGUUCGAGCUUAAACCGGAGCACAAUACGAAAGUGUACGUGUCCAAUCUUCCGUUGGAUAUAACGGAGGAGGAGUUUGGGGAAGUCAUGUCCAAGUGUGGCAUGGUGUUGAAAGAUGGCCGGACGAACAAACUGAAGCUGAAACUGUACCGCGACUCGGACGGGACACUGAAAGGCGAUGGACUGUGUCACUAUAUCAAGAUUGAGUCGGUCGAAUUGGCGCUCAGCAUUUUGGACAAUUAUGACAUCCGCGGUCACAAGAUUCGUGUCCAGCAGGCCGAGUUCCAGCUCAAGGGCGAGUACAACCCGGCCCUUAAGCCGAAGGUCAGGAAGAAGGAGAAGGAGAAAAUCCGCAAGAUGCAAGAAGCAUUGUUUGACUGGCGCCCGGAAAAGAUGCGCGGCGAACGGUCCAAGCACGAGCGGAUCGUCAUCAUUAGGAACCUGUUCGAGCCGGAGCUGUUCGAUCGGGAGGUCCAUCUGCUGCUCGAGUACCAGAACGACCUGCGGGAGGAGUGCAACAAGUGCGGAACGUGUCGCCGGGUGGUACUGUUCGAUCGCCAUCCGGAGGGGGUGGCCCAGAUUACGAUGAGCGACCCGGAGGAAGCGGAUCUGGUGGUUAAGCUCCUGAACGGGCGGUUCUUCGGCAAGCGCAAACUGACGGCGGAGAUUUGGGACGGCAGAACCAAGUUUAGGAUUGCUGAAACCGAAGCGGACGUUAAUAAGCGUCUUGGCAACUGGGAAAAAUAUUUGGAAAAAGAAGAAGCAGCGUCGGACCCUGGGGCGGCCAAAAAACAAACAUCCGAAAAUGAACCAUCUGCGGUCACUGAAGCAACAAUCCAGGAGGUGAAAAUUUCGCCGGAGGUAAUCUCCGAAAAACCGCAAACGUCUGCGGUUAUAACGGCAGAAGAGGGUGCUGAUGUGGAACCACAACAAUGUCCACAAACGAAUCCGCAGACGCCUCCGGCGGGCGACGGCGGCGACCUCGAAGAUGAUGACUCGUCCACAGUGGAAACAAAAUAAAAAUCAACAUUAAUUUGCGAACCAUUAAGGUAUGUUCUUAAAUAAAACGCUACUUGAACCGCA